GCUCCCAGUUCUAAAGAGAGGCUGUUUACCAGAAGAGCAUAACAAGGGCAGGUCUGACUGCAAGGCUGGGAACGGGAGGCAGAGCCGCCGCCAAGGGGACCCCGGUUGGACCCUGGUUGGUCAGUCACCUGCAGGACGAAGGAGGUGAGGAUGCUGCUGGCCUGGCUGCAAACAAUCCUCGUCGUCAGCAACAUGCUCCUGGCAAAAGCCUAUGGAUCUGGAGGCUGCUUCUGGGACAACGGCCACCUGUACCGGGCGGACCAGCCCUCUCCCGCGCCGGGCCUCCUCUGCCUCAACUGGCUGGACGCGCAGAGCGGCCCGGUAUCUGCCCCCGAGUCGGGUGAGUGACUGUCCCGGGAGGCGGGCCUCGGGCGGGCGGGCAGGCGGCGGCUGCGUCCCGGCCCCGGCCCAUGACGCCUUCUUUCCCCUCCCAGGCGCCGGCAACCACAGCUACUGCCGGAACCCGGACCAGGACCCACGUGGGCCCUGGUGCUACGUCAGCGGCGAGGCCGGCGCUCCCGAGAAGCGGCCUUGCAAGGACCUGGGCUGCCCAGAGACCACUUUCCAGGGCCCGCCAACCUCUACAACAGAAACCGAGGAGGUGUCUGAAGUGCCAGGAGGAGAUGAGGUGCAGGUGUUUGCUCCUGCCAACACCCUGCCUGCCCAGAGCGAGGCCGCUGCCGUGCAGCCAGUGAUUGGGAUCAGCCAGCGGGUGCGGGUGAACUCCAAGGAGAAAAAGGACCUGGGAACCCUGGGCUACGUGCUGGGCGUUACCAUGAUGGUGAUCAUCAUCGGCAUUGGAGCUGGCAUCGUCCUCGGUUACACCUACAAGAGGUCAGUAGCUUCUCUUCUGGGCUCUCUGAGAGAGGAGAGGAAGGUCCACAAAGUCAAAGCAGACUCCUCUGUGGCAUUCUUACCCAUAAAGGAAGUGAGGUGUUGGAAGAGGAAAACCAGCUCAAGAUGUAGAGACUUGGUUCUAGUCUUUACCAGGUGACCUUGGACAAACCCUUUCCUUUGGUGCCUUUACUCCUUACCCAAAAGCCUCCUGAGGUAGGGGUUCUUGUUCCCCAUUUUACAAGUGAGGAAGCCUUCAUCAGAAAGGUGAAGUAAGCUUGCUCAAGGUUAUACUGCCUGGGAGUGGCUGGAUUCAAACCCAGCUCUUUUGACACCACAUUCCCUGCUGUCUAAUCCAGCGUGCCUGGUGUGGAAGUGAGUGGCCCUGCAGAAAUCAGGCUGGGCUCUCAUUGCAGGGACCCUGAGAUUGAAUUCUUUCUGUGAGUUAUAAAAUUCUGCUACUAGAAAAAGUUCCCAGCCACUGCUUUUGCAUUUGGGGCUUGAAUGUCCUGAGCCAUAAGCAGUGGAAUCUCCUUUAGGACAGGAGGAAGGAAGUAAGAGGAUAGGGAGUCUGUUAGCUACUCUACACCACAUAUGAGAAAGCCAGAGAGGCUACCUGGGAAACUCAGGGACAUGACCUGUGGCUGGGACGGCAGGAGGAGGAAUGCUUAUUUUGAGAGGUCCCCUGAGAUGCCAUGUGGAAAAGGCUCUCAAAGCCAGUGACGGGUGCAUGAUGAUAAGCCAGAGUUAUGCCCGUUUUUACAGCACUGGCUAACUCUGGGAAAAUUAUUUGCAAAAUCUUGGGCAAAAUCAGGGGAUUUGACUUCUAGUCCAGAGUAUGUGUGAUGUUUCUUUUCUAUGGUCUGGGAAGCCUUCCUAUAAGGGAAGUGAUGUGGUGGCCUGCAUUUUCCAGUGGUGAAGACCACGUCUGAGCCCACAGCCCCAGUGGGUCACCCAGCAUUAAAUAAACUGAGGUGUCCUUAGGGCAAUGUAGUCAGCCUCCUCAUUUUCCAGAUGGAAAAGGGGAAGUGUUGGGUAAGAAUAAUAACAACAAUAGCAGCAGUAGCGAACAUUUACCAGAGGCCAGGCACUGCUUCAAAUGAUACGCACACUUUAACUCAAUCCUCGCAAUCACCCCUUAUGAGGUAAAUGCUGUUAUUAUUCCCAGUUUACAGAUUAGGAAACUGAGGCAAGAGAGGAUAUGUACCUUGCCUGAGGUCACACACCUAGCAUUUGGUGGAGUUAAGUCUUAGCCCUGCCACUAACUAGCGAUCUGUGUGACUUUGGGCAAGUUGCUUCUGUUUGCUACUCCAGGGCACUGCUGUAGCUGAGGCAUGCGACUGCCUGGCCCAUAGUAAGUGGUCAGUAAACCAUAGCUAUUUUUCUUUUCUGUAAAAUGUGGGUACUGCACUAGCACUCUCCGGGCCCCAAUGCUUCUCUGAUCAUCUUUGAUUCAGGAAGCACAGGUUCAGAGAGGGGAAGUAUUGACCUGAGAGUGUCUGCUGACUCCCAGUGCAAGGUUGCUGCCCUCAGUGGGUUGGUUGACGUUGCAGGUCCAGGGGCACCUGCUUGUCAUUUCAGAGUCAGAGGAAGUGAUGGGGAGGCCCUUGUUACAGUUCGCAGUCAGACCCAAACUGUGUUGGCUGAGUCUAGCUGUUGAAAUAUUUCCUCCUUCCUCAGCCACUGGAUAGCAGUUGGCUCUCCUCCAAUCCUGUGACAGUGUCCAGGUCUCCAGGUGUGUGAACUGACUGCUAAAUGUCCUUAAUUGCAAGCUCAGUUCUCAGGCCCAAUGAGGAAGCCAAGCCUUUUUCUUCUAGAUUUGUUCCUUCAGGCUGUCACAGGAUUGCCCCAAGGCCUUGUAUUUAUUUUCCUGUAAACUCAGGGCGAGGUACCAAGUCACCUUACUCCUUGUCACUAACCAUCGGACCACCCCUUCCCUCGGCAAAAGUGCUCUGAGCACAGACUGUACAACAGGAAACCGCAUGUGGGCUGGAGGCAAGCUCUCAGCCCCCAUCUCUCCCCAGAGUCAGAAAACAGAGUGUUCUGGAAAGUGCUGUUUAGCGCAGGUCCUGCUACUUCCCUGCAUCUCCGUUUCUUGUUUCUUGUCUGUUCAGUGGGGCAUAUCCCCACUCCACACACACACAUACCCACCCCAGAUUACCAUUAAGUAUUACGUGUAAACAGUAGAACACCAAUCAGGUUAAAUAACCACUAGCUGCCAGCAUUUACUGCAUGCUUUCUUAAUAAGCGAGGCCCCACUGAAUGCCCUUCCCUGAUGAUCACGCCCAAGCCUCAGGACCACACUAGAAGGACCACUUUUACACCGUUUUACAGUAAGGAGCUGAGAGCCAGAGAAGUUAAGUGCUAUGUCCAAGCUACAUAGCCAAUAAGGUGUGUCUAAGGAUUGCCAGUAUCUCCCAAAAGUCCAGCGAGGCCCAGGAACUUCAUGCCAGUUUGCAUUGGAUUGCAUAGGACAGUAGGAAAAAUUGGAACUUUCAAAAUAAAAUAGCUGGGUUUAAAAGUUAAAAGAACCAGGAUCUAGUUCUGGAACACCCAGUUCUGGGUGUGACAGUGGACAAGUCAUUUACCUUCUCUGAUUUCCUCAUAUGUAAAAUAGGGGCAGGAGGUUAGUGAUGAUACUCCCAGCUCUAAUGUUGCCUAAAAAAAGACAAUAUUACCUGAUGGUGGCUGCAGGCAGUACUGGGUUCAA